CCCGCGGUCCCCCAUGGCGGCCAUGGCGGCGCGGGGCCGCUGCCCCGAGUGCGGCUCGGCCGCGCUGGUGGAGGACGCGCUGUACGCGCAGCAGCAGCUGGUGUGCGCCGCCUGCGGCUGCGUCCUGGCCGAGGGGCUGCUCACCACCACCUACAGCGACGAGGAGCAUCUGCGGGAGGUGGCCUAUUCCCAGAGCACUGGGCAGAAGGAGCAGCUGAGCCGCUGCCUGCAGCGAGGGAUCCGGCGGGUCCAAGACCUGUGCAAAGUCCUGCAGCUCCCGGCGGUGUUCGAGGAGACGGCCGUGUCCUACUUCCAGAGGGCCCUCCAGCUCCCUGCCUUCCACCUGGUCAGCCUGGAGAAGAAGGAGCUGCUGGGGGGCUGCUGCGUGUUCGUGACGUGCCGCCAGCACAACUGGCCCCUGACCAUGGGCACCAUCUGCUCCCUCCUCUACGCCAAGCAGGAGCUGUUUGCCGGCGUCUUCCUGAGCCUGCAGAAGGAGCUGGGGCUCUCUGUGCCCUCCCUGAGCCUGGCAGACCUGGUGAAGACACACCUGAGCAGCUUCCGGCUGUUCCAGCCCUCGGCCGAGGUCCCUGCCCCGUUCCUGGAGGACAAGGAGAAGCUGGUGGCCCGGACCAUGGGGAUUGUGGAGCUGGCCAGCGAGACGUGGCUGGUGACAGGCCGGCACCCCGUGCCCGUGGUCACGGCCGCGGCCUUCCUGGCGUGGCAGUCGCUGCAGCCCCGCGCCCGCCUCUCCUGCCCCCUGGCAAGGUUCUGCAGGGUGGCAGGGGUGGAUCUGCCUCCCCCCGCCCACCUGAGGCUGAAGGAGCUGCUGGAGAUCCUGCUGGGAAUGGCCUCCCAGCUCGCCUGGCUGCGCGGCUUCCGCCUGGACAAGAAGACGGUGGUGAAGCACGUGGGGGACCUGCUGCAGCACCGGGUGUUCCUGCUGAAAAACGCCUUCUGCCAGGAGGGUGGGGAGGAGCAGCAGCGUGGUGCGGCCUCAGGCCAGGGCUCCACAGGCCAGGGCUCACCAGGUGAGGGCACCCCAAGCCAGCACUCCCUGGAUACGGACACUCCAGGCCAGGACUCCCUGGAAAAGGGCUCCCCAGGCCAGGACUCCCUGGAAAAGGGCACCCCAGGCCAAGACUCCCUGGAAAAGGGCGCCCCAGGCCAGGACUCCACAGGCCAGGACUCGCUGGGCCAGGGCUCUCCCAGCUCUCCUCUGGUGGCACAGGAGAAGGGCUGUCCCUUGGCAGGGAAAUGCCUGAGGCCUCUGCUCCCACCCUGCCUCAUCCAUCCCAGGAAGAGGCUGCGUUCGGCAGCUCCGAGCGCUCCCGACCCGGCCGUCACCGGCGACGAGCCCAUCUCCGACAGCGAGAUCGAGCAGUACCUGCGGAGUCCUGAGGAGAUCCGGGCCUUCAGGAAGGCCAAGGCCUGGUCCUGAAGGUGGUUGUGGCCUAGAGGAUGGUCCAGAGGCAGUUUUGGGACCAAAAGUGUGAAACCCGCCAGGGACAGAGCGGCUGUGCUGCGGGACAGUCGCCUGGGAAAUGGGGUUGAGGGGCCUUUGUGUUCUGGACCAAAAUGGGGCUUUUUGUAGAGUGACUGCUUUGGGUCGUGUUAACAUUUCUGAUAGAAAUAAAUGGAAGUGCAGGUGUCAGGUUUUCCAGGGCAGCCUCACCUUCCACUUCUAA